CUCUCCCACACACACUCACUCUCUCUCUGUCUCUGUCCGUCUGUCUCUCUCCGUCUCUGUCCGUCUCUCCUUCUCCUUCACACCCACAAUUUUUGAAGCGCUCCAGAGGAAAAGUGUGAAAAGUUGUCUUAUGUAUACAACUCCCUGAACCCGGUAAAAUGUUUCUGGCUGUCAACCAGAGUCUGCAGAACACCAGCAAGAAGAAGCGCAAGCGGCGGACGGCGGAGGAUGAUCCGCAGGAGGAGGACCAGGCCACCACCACCGCCGCCGGAGUUCCCAGUAACCUGGAGUCCAGUGCAUCGAGUGACCAGUUGGUCUUGGGAGCCGCCGGUGGCUCCACCUGUCGGCUGUGCAAGUGCCCCGGACGGCAGUCCCUGGCCUUGGUCUACAUCUACUUGGGCGCCCUCACCCUCAUCCUGGCCAGCCUGUCGCUGGUCUUCUACACGCACACCCAGGAUGCCUCCGGAAUGCCUCCUGAUCUUCCCCUGGACUCGCGAGCCUUUCGCGUGCAAUUCCAGGCGGAACUACUGCGUUCGGAGGAUGAGCUGCGGGCCAUGGUCAGCAGGAUACUCGCCGAGGAGGAGCAGCAGCAACUGGGUGGAGGUACCACCACCAGAGCCAGCACAGCGAGCAGCAGGACCAGCGAUCCUCUGAAGAACGAGCGCAAGUUCACGGACAACCUGAUAAGCCACACGCCGCCGCCCAACGGAAAGAGGAUGCGCCGGGACAUUGCCUCCUCCGCUCCCGCCUCCAUGCAUGCUGAUCCCCUGAUCGAGUUCUUCAAUCCGAACCACCGCAAAGUGCUCGACGAGCAGGACUCGGAGAUCCGCAAGCGGACGGGCCAAAAGGGCGCCGCUCCCGGCGGCGAUGAGUGGAUCUACCUGAACACCUACUGCCGGGUGCCGGAGAAGAUAAUCACGGGCUUCUGCAAGGGCACCCAGGACUACUGUCCGCCGGCGCCGCAGGGACCCACGGGCGAGGUGGGUCCGAAGGGGCCCACCGGCAAUCCCGGCCUGCCUGGCAUUCCGGGUCCCAAGGGCAAUCGCGGCGAUGUCGGACUGCCCGGCGCCCCCGGCGUCGAUGGUGUGGGUCAUUCGGGUCCGGCGGGUCCGCGGGGACCCAAGGGAGAUGCGGGCGCCACAGGAAGGGCAGGUUUGGAUGGAAGGGAUGGAGUACCGGGUGAACCGGGGCUGGAUGGCGUACCAGGGCGGGCUGGUGCUGAUGGCAAGAAUGGGCUGUCCGGUCGCGAUGGCAAGGAUGGGCUGCAUGGCAAGGACGGCAAGGAUGGUCUGUCCAUCACGGGACCCAAGGGAGCCCAGGGACCGCCCGGCGAACGGGGUCUGAAGGGCAUUGCCGGUCCCCGCGGUCGUCCCGGCAAGCCGGGCACCAACGGCACACCCGGAGUGCCCGGCAUCAAUGCCUGGAAGAUGCAGUUCCCCAAUGGCAGCUCCUCCAACGAUCUGCUCAUACCGCCCUCUAUAACAGAUCUACAACUUCCGGACUUCCAACGCUCGGUGAUUGUGGAGGAGGGCAGAUCGCUGAACUUGAGCUGCUCGGCCACGGGAACUCCUACGCCGCAGGUGGAAUGGCGUCGGGAGGAUGGUCGCACCAUUAAUGUCAACGGCGUAGAGAUGGCCUCCGUCAGCGGACAGUUCCUGAAGUUCACCAAUAUCACACGACACCAGAUGGCCGCCUACACUUGUUAUGCCAACAAUGGCAUCGCUCCAGUGGCCAAUGCCACCUAUCUCGUGGAAGUGCAGUUUGCACCCAUGAUUUCGGUGUUCCGUCAAACGAUUUACGCCGAGUACCAGAGUAGCGCCACUUUGGAGUGCAUAGUGGAGGCCUUUCCCGAACCCAUCAGAUAUUGGGAGCGAGCCUACGACGGCAAGAUCCUCGAUCCCAGCGAGAAGUACGGCAUUGAAUCGUUUCCCGAGGGCUUCAAGACCACCAUGCGCUUGAUCAUCAGUAAUCUGAGGAAGGAUGAUUUUGGCUACUAUCACUGUGUGGCCAGGAAUGAAUUGAAUGCCACCAUGGUUAACUUUGAAGUAGCACCUCAAGAUCCGAACAGUGAGACCCCUUACGUGGGCAGUGGCAUGAAGGUCUACGGCCAAAGACCCCCAGAAAGCGAGUGUCCCGUUUGCGACCAGUGUCCAGAUCCCAGCUUGUACCAGUGCAAGGACCAAAUACUGAAUAGCUUUGAGAUCCAACCCACGGGCAAUCUGAGUUAUCCCGGUCUACCCAAGCGACCGAAAACCUGCUAUCUGUAUGCCGUGGGCAAGCCCGUUUUCCACAAGGUGGUCAACGAAAAGUUCGGCUCCUGGCUGAGGGAUCCUUCGCCGGAUAGCGAUAAGGAGAAGACCUUCGUGACGAACGAGAACGAUCCGUACAAUUUGUUUGAGUUCACCACCCGCAUUCAGUACCGAAUGAACAGCAUUCCCCGGCGGAAAUACGAAAUUCAAGAGGGCUUUCAUGGCAAUGCUCAUGUGGUCUUCAACGGUUCGUUCUACUAUCAACAAAGGAACUCGGAUCUGGUGGUCAAGCUGGACUUGAUCAGUCUCAAGAAGAUAACCACACAAUUGCCAUUUGCCGGAGUGGCAGCUGCAAAUAGGCUGUAUGCCACCGACUUCAACUACAUGGACUUCAAUGUGGACGAAGUGGGUCUUUGGGUGAUCUACAGCACCUACAACUCGAACAACACGCUGGUGGCCAAGUUGGAUGCGGAGACUUUGAAGAUGCAGUACAACUUCAAUAUCACCCUGGACCACCAUCAAUUCGGCGAGAUGUUCAUCGUGUGCGGCAAUCUGUAUGCCAUCGAUUCGGGCACGGAUAAGAAUACCCAGAUUCGCUAUGUGGUCGAUCUGUACAAUGGCAAGCUGCUCAACACGAAUCUGCCCUUCUCGAAUCCCUUUAGCCACACCACAACCGUUGGCUACAAUCCCCUUACAGUGGAACUCUACUCCUGGGACAAGGGCAAUGCACUCACAUAUCCCAUACGCUACAACGAACAGCGUCUCAUCGCCGACAAUAGUUAGGAGAAGAUGAAGAACUUUAAGAUCUUAAAGAUCCUAACGAGAUCCUAACGGCUCAAAUCUAAAUAGUCUAAGGCACAAUAAAUAAAUGUAAAGUGUUUUUUUUUCCAAAAGCAAA